AUCGACGACUACGGGACCCUCUUAUCUCCUUUACGCAGACUACCACUGGAACUCCUAUCUCUAAUAUUCAUAGAGUGUUUGCCAGAGGACACAUUUAUCACUCCCGAUACCCUUCAAGCCCCUCUUCUCCUCUUGCAAGUAUGUAGCACUUGGCGGAGAGCAGCAAUGUCCACCCCGAGCCUGUGG